AUGUCGUCUCAGGUUCUAAAGUGUCUCUCUGCCGCGCGUUCAGAAGCGCUGCGUGAUGCUUUCGAACACUUCACACACACUGCGAGCGAAUCGUUGCGCAUCGUGUACUCGACGCAGCCAAACUGGCCGUUGCGCUGUCACGCAUCCAAGCUGUCAUCGUUAGCAAAUACAACGACAGCAUCACCAUUGUUGCGCAUUGCUGUCCUCGAUUCCUCUUUCAACCCACCCACACGUGCUCAUGCUGCUCUUGCAUCUUUGCCACGCGAACAAGACAUACCCUUUGACGCGCACCUUUUAAUCUUUUCUGUGCGCAAUGCCGACAAAGGCCGCGGCCGUGCUGGUGACGCCAGUCCCCUCGAGCGACUAGAAAUGAUGGAGCUCUUAGCGUACGAACUGGAGACACACAUGUUCAACGUCGCCGUUGCACUUGCUGACGAGCCUUUGGUAUUCUCAAAAUCGUCUCUCGUGCAUGCAAACGUCAAAAUCGAUGUGCCUUAUCAGUUGUGCUGGCUUGUUGGUAGCGAUACCAUUACACGUGUUUUUCAUCCACGCUAUUAUGACUCAGAAAUGCAUUUCGCUGCCUGCUGUCGCCGGUUUUUCGGCGACGAACACUCUGCCAUGUUGUGUGCUGAACGUUCCUCUGCUUCUGUCCAAGGCAAGGCGGGUUUACCCAAUGCUUCUUUAUCGUCAUCCGCUCCCGCUUCCUCGAAAGAAGCACAAUCACUGCUUGAAUGCCCUGGUCCUGCUCGUGAUUGGUAUGAGUGCGGUGCUAUCUCAUUGCGCUCUCUUAAUCCAGAAGAUGCAAGGCAUAGCUCGACAGCAGUGCGUCAAUUUUUGCGAUCGGCGCAUGAGAGUCACAUGCCCCGCGACCAACUCGCUGCUCAGCUUGGUACGAUGGUGCCCGUUGCUCUGGCCGAAUAUCUAUUGUCCCGUCACUUGUAUAUAUAA